GUGAGUCACUUUUUUUUUUUUUUUUUUUUACGACAACAGAUAUUUAAAGUGGCCAAACAUUUUCACCAGUGAUCCAAAGUGUUUACUGAAGCUUCAGCAAUGGUCCAGGAAAGUGUUCAGAUCAAGAGGCGUGGUGCCCAUGACUUCACGGAAUACUACACUUAUGCCUGCACUCGACAGGAAUCCAUCCCCCUCACUGCUGUCAAAAUUCACAUCGACAAAGGCAUUCUGGACUUCAAUGGAGACAGGGUCAAGUUAGCAGAUUGGCCUCCCAUCCUGGACUCCAUCUCUAUCAAUAAGCACCUUCACCACAUUGCAAUUACUAGUACAUACCAGACAAGCCACGGGUGUGGAGAUGCAGAUAGAAGGUACUACAAGCCAGUGUUCAGGAAGAAGAUCCCAUCGAUCCGUUCUAAGGACAUGACAUUCAAGUUGUGUAAAGCUCUGAAGGAGUGUCUGUCUAUUUCUCCCAACCUGAAGACUUUAAAGCUUAAUGGACUUCCGCUGAGGGAAAGAGACCUUGUCAACUUGACAAAGGGUUUAGCAAAAAGUGUUUCCUUGGAAGCUCUUUCCCUGGCAAACUGUCCUCUUGCAGAUGAGGGCUUGGAGGUCAUUUGCCAAAGUGUGAAAUACUCUACAAGAAUCAAAGAAAUAGAUUUCACCGGAUGCAAUAUCACAUGGAGAGGAGCUGAGCAUCUUGCCAACAUCAUCCAGCAUCAGGGAAUGCAGAGGCAUGGCUGCGUAUGGGCACAGUCCUUGCGGUAUCAACAACCCAUAUAUGAGGGUAUGGGAGGUCUCCGCCGCCUCACCCUGAACUGUAACACUUUGAUUGGGGACCUGGGUGCUGCUCGUCUUGCACGUGAAUUGGCUGAAGACCUCUGGGUUAAAGCUGUGGACCUGCAGAAAUGCGGUCUUUCCAAUCGAGGAGCAUGUCAUCUGCUGGAAGUCUUGAAGACAAAUUCUACUCUCCGCGUACUGGACAUCCGUAAUAACCCUUUAGUUGACAAUUCCCUAAUUAAGACUAUAAUAGAGAAAAUACUAAUGAAGGCUGAAGAACGAGCACCAGAGUACUGCUGGAUCAACAAAGAGUCACCAAAGGCUUCUGCUACUAAGCGGCGAGUGGUGUCCAGUGCAUCCACAGAGAGAACAGCUUCUCAGAAAAGGACCUCCACUGAAGAUGAAGGCUCAGUUGCUGUUCUUCAUCACCAAUCCACUUCCCGCUGCAGACAAGUGCCCCAUCAUUCUGCUGCACGUGCUGGACGCCAGCGAGGCUUUCCUCCUGCAGAUGCGAAGGAUCACAGUUUCCCGGUAAUGCAGUACGGAGCCAGUCAGCAGUAUCUUCAAGGCCAAGCUCCGUCCACUGUGAGGGUUACGUUUGCGUCUGAUUCAGAGGAAGAGGACGGUAAUGAGGAAGAGGGCAAGGCAGUGGUGGCGGGGGAUCAAAAGCCAUUUAAUCGAAGCCACCAGGACAGUGUCAAUGAACGACGGCUGGAAUGUAUGCAGAUGGCGCUACAUGAAUGUCGUUUGCGAUUGGGAGAGGAGCGCAGGGCUAGACUUAAAGCCGAAUCGUUUCUCAGAGAGUUUGAGUUGGAGAAUGCUCGUCUGCGUGAGAACAACCUCUCCUUGUCCAAGGCGCUCGAAGCCACGGGCUCUGCGCUACCGGACCGCCGCGGCCUUGAAGAUGAAGACGUGCUGGAGAGCAUCGAACGCUCGUUCACCAAGUUCCACGCUUUCCUGGAUCUCGUCAAGGAUGCUGGCCUUGGUCAGCUUGCAUCAAUGGCUGGAAUCGACACGACAGAUUUCCUGCCUUUGGGAAGACCACAGCUCUCUUCCACACUGGGACACGGAACCCAAUUGGAUGGAGCAGCAUGCGGUGGACACCAUUGUCAUGAUAUUCCGGCGCAAAAUCCUGUUUUGGCCGCCAGUGCUCAUCCUGAUGGCGUAGCUGACAUCAGCACUUCUAAAUCUCCGUACUCUGUCACUAAGCCUGUGCAUCAAGAGGGGCCGCUCGAUGUGACCUUCCAGCAGGCUGCUGAAGCACACGUGGACUUAAGUCUUCUGAGAGAACAGGAGCCAGAUGAGUUCUCUAAACCCGAAACCCAACGUGACUCCGGUUCAGAGCAGAGCUUCGCUAGCCAGAGAUCCCACCGUGAAAGUCUGACUCGGGGAAAUCGCCCAAGCGGGACCCUCUGCGGCUCCCAUCGUAGUAACGGCUUCACUUCCAGUCACAGCAAUUCAUCCAAUAGCUGCAGCUCCCAUGGCAGAUGGAGCGCAGGCGAUAUCAUGAGAGACAUUGUAAGUAAUAAGAUGCAGUCAGCAGGCUCGCGGAAGCUAGUGGUCAUACAAAGGUCUGGGUCAGAGGGCAAGGCCAGUCCGGGGACGGAGAUUCUGGAGAAGAUCAGAUCUCUGGCGGCUCUGCAAGGAUGCUCGGAUGGUGAAUAUUUCUAGCAUGACAGACUCUUUGGCAGCUCUUUUUCAGGUUAUUUACUUGAAGAAAUUACAACUCUAUAUUUUAAUUGGAACUUUAAAAUUUUGGAAGACUCUCAGGCCUCCAGGGGAACCUUUUCAUCAAGUGUUGAUCUCAAAUGUGCAUCAGACCAAUGAAAAACACAAAUAUUUUACCCUUAGUAGUAGUUUUUUUUAUUUUUUAUUUUUUUGCCAAAGCGUAUUAAGACAAGUUUUGCUAUUACAACACAUAUUUUUUUACAGCAGUUUCAGAAUUCACCAACAAUAGUAUAUGUCCUUAAUUAUUCAUUAUGUUCUAGAUUACUGUUAUAAUUCUGCAUUGUGAACCUAACCAAACCUCUUAUCACUCACAAAAAAAACCCCCAAAAAAACAA